UAUUUCCACGCAAUUGUGCUGAAAUAACACAAUAAAUAUUUAUUCUCUUCAAUCCAUACCAAAACCUCACCACUAGCACCACCGCAGGGGAAAAUCCGUCCCACAAUGAAAAUGGCGCGGCUGCAACAGAGCAACCACCCUCUGACCCCCACCGCACUUGCUCCAUUUGAACCCGUCAGCCUUAAUAAUAAGGAACUAGUAAAUGAUAACAACACUUCUUCUUCUCCCCUUCCCUUCCAAGUUCCAACCACUAACAAAAUAAAACUCCCUCUCUCAUCACCCCCAACCCAACAACCCCUACUCUUCAUCUCCUCUCCCCAAACCAUGGUCUCAAUUCCAUGGCCAUGGUUCUCCCUCUCCCUCUCCAUCCUCCUUCUCCUCCUCUCCUCAUCCCACUCCCUAACUCCAUCCCCUUCUCAAAACAUCCAAGUCUUCUUCCCCUCCAUCUCCUCCCCCGCUUUCCCAAACUCCCCUCCACCCUCCCCCUUCAAUCCCCUCCCCAACCCUCCAAACAAAGCGAUCGCAGCACCGGCAACGUCGCCGCCGCCGUCGUCUCCACCGCCGCUGCCAGCUUCGCUCUCUCCGGCCUCCUCUUCUUCUUCUUCCGCAAAUACACUCUCAAGCGGGAUCGCCCUCUUCCCUCUCCCCAGAGACCCACCAAGACCCUCGCCCCCGGUUUCUUGAGACCCAAACCCGACGCCGGUGGCCUCAAAGGCGUCGUCGUCGACGAAAACGGCCUCGAUGUUCUCUAUUGGCGGAAACUCGAUGAAGACAUUGAUAAGCGAUGCGAGCACUGCAAUCGGAUCCUGAAGCAUCUACACACCGAUGUUCAGCACCAGGGUAUCGUCAACGAUCUCUCAUCCAGCAAUGGAAACGAUGGAAGCUUCCAGGAGAUGCCAUUGCUCCCUUCCAACUCCGUCAGCUCGUCCGUCCGCAUCGACGAUGAAUUAGAUUCUAGAAUCCCUCUGCGGAGCACCUCCGUGUCCCACACCGCCCUCUCUCUCGAAGCCAGACCUAAUUUCUCUCGACUCACACAAAGACCUCCUAAAUCGCCGCCACCGCCGCCUCCUCCUCCAGUCCCCGCACCUCCCCCACCCCCGCCGCCGCUUCCACCACCGCCACCGGUGAUGAAAGCGCCAUCACCUCCGCCUCCUCCGCCGCCGCGUCCAAUAACAGUAGGAAGCAAGAACCCGGCUGCGCCACCACCUCCUCCUCCCGGCGCCGGUGCUGGGCCGUCAUCACGACUGCCGCCGACACCUAAUCGGACGACCAGCGGUAGGGCCCACCCGAGGCUGAAGCCUUUGCACUGGGACAAGAUGUCGCCUAUCAACCCGGAGCAUUCAAUGGUUUGGGAUAAGAUCUCCGGCGGUUCCUUCAGAGUUGAUGAUGAAAUGAUGGAAGCUCUCUUCGGUUACGUGGCCACAAACCGCAAAUCUCCACGCGGUGGCGAUAAAACGGCAUCUGACUCGGCAAACUCGUCAUUCAGCUCAACAACUCCUCCCACUCAAAUCACUCUUCUCGACCCACGCAAAUCCCAGAACAUAGCCAUUGUUCUCCGCUCACUCGCCAUCAGCCGUCAAGAAAUCCUCGACGCGCUUCUCGAAGGACGCGGCCUCAGCUCAGACACUCUCGAGAAGCUCUGCAGAACAGCCCCAACUAAAGAUGAGGAAAAGCUAAUAUUAGCAUUCACCGGACACCCAUCUAAGCUCGCUGACGCUGAGUCGUUUUUGUACCAUAUCCUACGUGCCAUACCUUCACCUUUUGAGCGCCUUAACUCAAUGCUCUUCAAGUACAAUUAUGAACCUGAAAUCCUUGCUACCAAACAAUCCUUGCAAACGCUGGAACUCGCAUGCAAGGAAAUGAAAACCAAAGGCAUCUUCUUGAAGCUUCUAGAAGCUAUACUCAAGGCCGGAAACCGCAUGAACGCCGGCACGGCGAGAGGCAAUGCGCAGGCCUUCAAUUUGACUGCACUUUGUAAGCUCUCCGACGUUAAGAGCACUGAUGGGAGGACGACGUUGUUACACUUCGUUGUCCAAGAGGUGGUUCGAUCUGAAGGCAAACGCUGCGUGAUCAACCGGAACCAGCAGAGCAUGAGACGAACCACUAGUAUAAACUCAGGCUCAAACAAUCCGGAUCCAACUAGAAGAGAAGAGAGAGAAAGGGAGUAUAUGAUGCUUGGGUUGCCAGUGGUUGGGGGACUUAGUGUUGAGUUCUCAAACGUAAAGAAAGCGGCAGGCAUUGAUUAUGAACUUCUUGUGAGUACUUGUUCUUCACUUGGGAUGAAAGUGAAGGAGAUUGGUGACUUCUUGAACACUUGUGGCAGUGAUGGGUUUGUGAUGGAGAUGAAAGGGUUCUUAGAGGUGGCUGAUGAGGAGCUUAGGGUGGUGAGAGAGGAGCAGGGAAGAGUGUUGGAGCUUGUGAACAGGACCACGGAGUACUACCAAGUGGGUGCUUCCAAGGAGAAAGGGGCUAACCCUCUAAAGUUGUUUGUGAUAGUGAGGGACUUUUUGGGAAUGGUUGAUAAUGUGUGCGUAGAUAUAACAAGGAAUGUUCAGCAGAAGAAGAAACAGGUGGGUGGAGUGGGGACGUCCUCAAGUUCAUCAUCAGUAUCUGACGGUAAAAGAGUCCAUGCCAGGUUCCCUAACUUGCCGGCUCAUUUUAUGUCGGAUAAUUCAAAGUCUUCUGACAGUGAUUCAGAUGAUGGAUUUUGAGAGGAAUCAACAAGACAUUCAUUGACUUCUUGUAACAUAUGUAGACAAAAACGUCUAGUUAGUGUGUGCAUUAGGUUCAUUUUUUUUUUUAU